GGAUUUGCCGUUUUUCCUCCCUUGGAUGUCCUUGGGAUUACAGAAACAAGGGAUGGUGAAUACAUUAAAUCCAGAUUAAGUUUAGCUGGAUGCAGCGGAGCCAUCAACAGGGAAGAGCAACACAUGAAAGCAAGAAAGAGGACGGCGGGGGAAAGCCAGAGACUCACCCUGCCCCUGUUCAUCUCUGUGGUUUGCUGGAGUAUGUUUCACCUCUUCUCUUACUGCUGGUCUUGGCUGCAGGCUAUCCAAGAGCCAAUGAGGAAAGUGACCAUCCUUGUCCUUGGCCUAGACAGCGCAGGAAAAAGUUCCCUGGUGAAAGAAAUCCAGAGAGUCCUCUCCUGUGAAGUUCUUCCCAUCACGAAGCCAAACCAGACAGCACUCAGGGUGGACAGGUUUGAGGUGUCCCUCAUUGACCUGCCUGGUGGACAGCAGUCCUUGGGAUCCUGGAGGGACCAAUACAGCACUGCACAUGGGAUUAUCUUUGUGCUUGACUCCAGCGAUGUGGCAAGGAUGGAAGAGGCCAAGAAGACUCUCUCCCGUGUUCUGGGGCACCCCAAAGUUUCAGGAAAGCCUCUGUUACUGCUGGCAAACAAGCAGGACAAACUGGAUGCUCUCUUGCCCUGUGAGAUCAUUGAGUGCCUGUCUCUGGAAAAGUUGGUGAAUGAAAACAAGUCGUUGUGUCGAAUUGAACCAUGUUCAGCUUCCAAAAGGCUUCCCAAAAUCCAAUGCUGGACCAUCGUUCAAGGGCUACAUUGGCUAUUGCGUACAAUUGCCACCAACUACAGUGUGCUGUGUGGUCGCAUCCAGGAAGACAGUCCUGAACAGCAAGUGUCACUAGAGCAGGAGGUAUCCAAGAAAGUACAGAAAUCCAGGAACAGGACAUCAGAAGCCAGGGAGUCAUUGGCCAGAAGAGAGUGCAGCCAAGGAGGAAAUGCCAAGAUGGAGGAAAAGAAACCCACAAAGCUGCCCCAGAAUAUCCCCUCCCAGCAGGAAGAAAUGCCGGUGGCCUCCAAGAAAAAGAAAGGGAAAUUAAAGCUGAAGGUGAAGAAGAAAGGUUUGGUGCAGUCGGAGAAUACCUUGACAGAAGAUGACAGUGCAAAAGCAGCAGGAAGUGGGAGCAAAGUGGGAGGUGUCACUGUCUGCCGUCCCAGCAACAAGGUUGCCCAAGAGAACCCCAGAGUUCUGGAAACAGCUGCACCCCCAGCAGGACAAAGCACAAAGAAGAAAAAUAAAAGACUGAAAAAUAAAGUCAAAUCUCAGGAAUCAUCACAGACCCAGCCAAACGAGCACCUAUCAAGCACUUUUGAUUUGUAUCGGAGAGCCAUGCUGGCUCUGAAAAUGCAGCCACAGGGCCGGAAGCCACAGUCUACAACCACUCCCUAAAUGAGGUGCUCCACACUUUCCCUUGGGACUGGGGAUUCAAAGUGGUACUAAGAGAAUUGAAGAAACUGCAGCAGCGAGGCCAAACCUGAUUCUGAGGUGUUCCAAGCUCAUCUUUCUCUGCAAGAUGUUGCAAGGUGUUUAAAGGGGCAGGUGUUAGCAUACAGUUGGUAGUCGACGGAAAGAGCCCUCCCCAAAUGGAAAGCUAGGGAGCUUCCUGCCUGUCGCUGUUUUCGAGGGGGUUAAAUCAAAUACUGGCAAAGUAAAGUUGUACAAUUAUAAGAGGUCUUGUGCAACAAAUCCGCUUCCCUCAAAACACUGAACUUCUUUUGCAAUAAGCAAUGGGAAAGGCACUGGAAUGUGUGGGAUAAUGCUAGUUUUGACAAAAGGAUCAUCUUAACUUCAUGGAAGCAAAACAUAACAAAUCCUCGUUAAAUAGCCAAUGGCAGCUAAUUUUCCUGCAACGAAAUCAGGAUGAAUGCUCCACUAACAAGGCAACUGGAUGCAUCCCUGGUCUCAGAAGUAGAAGAGUGGGGUGCCUUCAGACCUCCUCCAAGUCAUUUUGCUACCUGAGGCAGAAGACAAGAUGAUGUGUCCGCCGCGCCCUAUUCUACACAAGAAGCCGAACAAGAUUGGUGGUUGAAUCUUCCUUCAGCAUUGGCAACAAAACAGCAUCUCCACCAUGCCUGAAGGUAGCAGACUUGCCUAGGGAGCACAUUGUAGGCCACAUGUGCGCACAGCUCCCCAGAAUCUUGCUGCUGUUCCCUGCCUCCCAGCAUUUCCUGCCUGAGCUGGUUUCCUCAUUCUGCCUAAUAGCUGAGUUGGCCCUGGGUGGCUCUGGGGCAGCGAUGGAGAAGUGAAAUAUACUCAGAGUCAAGAAGAACCUUUUUCAUUUCUUUGAUGGCUAACUUUUCA